AUUGGAGUUUGUUUUUGAUCUCUAACUAAAGAACAUAAAAAAAUGUUUUCUUUAAAAAUUUUGAGCCUAUUUAUGGUGUUGCACGUGGUACGGGCUGCAUUUGCCAAAGUUUUAGUUUUGGAUCCUUCUUAUAAAUUAGAUUUGUUUGAGGAAAGAUAUCGCAGGGAUCAUUAUCUACAAAAACGAUUUAUCAUUUAUACGUACGAUCAUUUGAUGGACUUAUCAGGUCCUUAUGCUGCCUGUGCUUUUGAUGUCUGCCGUAAUAUUCUUAAGGAUGAGGAAUUCAUGGCCAACGAUAAACCGGAAGUGUUAGAAUUUAGAAAGAAAUUGAAAAUGUUUGUGGAAAAAUAUCAGUCUAGCAAAGAUUUAAGAACGACUUGGGAUAUAGUAGAUAUUUAUGAUGAUGCUGUUGAUUGUUAUUAUAUGAUGGCAGAUGAAAAUAAAACUCCAGAAUCUCAAUUUAUAAUCGAUAUAUUAAAUAAAUAUGAAGCCAAAAAUAUUGAAGAAAAGUUCAUGAAUCAAUUUAAUGACUUCAAUACGGUAUUUAUGAUCAAGUUUGAAGAAGAAAAAGAACACUUUGAUGGCGAUAUGGUGGAAUGGUACGAAAGCUACAAACAAUUAGACGAUUCUGAAGAGAAAUGUAUUUCCAUGAUUGCUAUGCUUAUGAUGGCAUGA